AUGUGCAGUUUAGCAGCUCGAGGUGAUAUUGAAUUACUCGAUGUUCUUCUCGAAGGUAACUACUCGCUUCAAACCACAGGCGCGGCUCUCCAGGCAGCUUCACAGGGCGGGCAUCUUGAGAUUGUCGAGCGGCUUCUCGCCACGGGCAAGGUCGAUGCCGACACGAAAGAUAACUACAACCGGACGCCGCUGUCAUGGGCCGCCGAGAACGGCCACGAGGCCGUCGUCAAGCUGCUGCUCGGUACAGGCAAGGUCGAUGCCGACACGAAAGAUAACUACGACCGGACGCCGCUGUCAUGGGCCGCCGAGAACGGCCGCGAGGCCGUCGUCAAGCUGCUGUUCGGCACAGGCAAGGUCGAUGCCGACACGAAAGAUAACUACGGCCGGACACCGCUGUCAUGGGCCGCCCGGAACGGCCACGAGGCCGUCGUCAAGCUACUGCUCGGCACAGGCAACGUCAAUGCCGACGCGAAAGAUAGUAUCGACGGCCGGACGCCGCUGUCAUGGGCCGCCCAGAACGGCCACGAGGCCGUCGUCAAGCUGCUGUUCGGC